AUGCCAGCCUCCGAUUAUCCCAGGACUGCGGAGAUCACGGAGAACGACCAUGGACCAGCUGUCAACAUUGCGGCAUGGAUCUUGAUGGUCACGGCCAUCCUGUUCACUUUGUUUCGCCUGGUUAGCAACAUCUUACUGCGAGGACGCAUAGGCCAUCAUGACUUCCUCAUCAUCGCUGCAAAUGCUCUGGCAAUCGGCAACACUAUCGCGACAUCGCUCAUGGUCAGCUAUGGUCUUGGCCAGCACGAGAAGACGUUGAGUGCGGCCGGCAUUACCAGCUACCAGAAGGCGCUUCUUGCAAGCUCAGUCCUCUACGUCGCGGCUCUCACUGCCAACAAGCUGUCGCUUCUGUUGUUCGUCUCCGAUGUGCUGGCGUCUACACAGACUAUGCUUCGUCGUGUCGUACAAGCCUCAUCCAUACUCAUGGGACUCUAUUUGGUAGCAGCUACGUUCACGCUCAGCUUCGCAUGCAGCCUCCCGCACACUUACGACGUCUUCAACGGCCAGUGUAUCAACUUCGAUGCAUUCUGGACAGUCCAUGCAGUUGUCGACAUCGUCGCCUGUCUGACCAUCUUCGUCCUGCCUCUCACGAUCGUCUAUCCUCUCCAGAUGUCAGUCAGCCUGAAGUCGCAGAUCGUCUUUCCCUUCGCGCUCGAGAUACCGCUCUGCGCCUUUGCGAUCGUCCGGUUGAUCUACAUCCGGCACAGCUAUACGGCGGACGACCAUACAUGGGCAGCUACUGAGCCCCAAAUAUGGACCCAGAUUUGCAUGCAUCUGGGGGUGGUGGCAGCAAACAUUCCGUGUUUGAAGAUUUUCCUGAAAGGCUUCGAAUCCAUGCUCUUCCGCAACGACACUACCCGUCUCCAGACGACCAUGCAUUCCCACUCCGGCACAGCACGAAGCAACGAGCGCGGGCCAGGCUGGAGUGGCUGGCUGGGACACGGCAGCGAGAGAAGCGAGCACAACGAACCGCAGCGGAAUUCACGAAACGUACGCAAAGGCUCAAAUUGGGUAUGGAAGAGCGGGGACGGUAGUGAGUUAAGACCAGGCGAUGGAGAGUCGACAGCCAUUGUUGGCGCGUCGUCUGCUUCUGACAACACGAAUGGGUUUGACGGGCUGAGCCAGAAGGAAGAGAUAACGGAAGUGCCAGGACGGGAUCGCAUUUACAAGACCACGGAGUGGACGGUCCUGCCUGAAAGGGGUACACACUAUUGA